AUGGCUACGAACAGCACAGCACAGAAUGGCAGUAUUGGCAGCAUCUCCCCAGAGCGGAAGGUGAACGAGCAGGUGCUCUUUGUGCAGGUGUUGGUGGGGAUUUUCCUCUAUGUCAACUGCCUCAUGAUCUUCACCUUCUUCAAGAAGGAGGCCUUCCGCACCAACAGCCGCUACAUCUUCUUCGCCCACACCCUGGUCUGUGACUGCAUAUUUCUAGUGAUGACUGACCUCCUCCUUCUCCUCAGUUACUUCCGCAUCGUGAUGCCUGUUGGACUGUGCUUGUGCAUCUGUGUGCUCAUGAGCAUCCUCACCUUUGCCACACCUCUGACCCUCACUGUGAUGAGCCUGGAGCGCUAUGUGGCCAUCUGCAUGCCCCUGAGACAUGCUGAAAUCUCCACCCCAGCCAGAGCCUUUCUCUCCAUCAUCACCAUCCACGCUCUCAGCUGCAUACAGCUCAUCAUCGUCAUCUCUGUGUUCAUGGCCAGUGUCCCCCUCAGUUUCUACAGCACUGACAGGGUGUGCAGUGUGGAGAUGCUCAUAGUCCAUAAGUGGCAGGGUUACCUCAGAUCGGCCAUUUCUCAGCUCUACUUCCUGGUCAUGUCCAGUAUCAUCAGUUUUACGUAUGUCAAAAUCAUGGCAGCUGCCAAGGUGGCUUCAACGGACAACAAGAAAACCACUUCCAAGGGCCUCAGAACAGUCCUCCUUCAUGCCAUCCAGCUGUUGCUCUGUUUGAUUCAGUUCUGGUGCCCCUUAAUCGAGAUGGCCGUAAUGGAGAUUGAUUUGAGACUGUUUGUAAAUUUGAGAUAUUUUGAUUACAUUACUUUCAUUCUUGCUCCACGAUGUCUCAGCCCCCUUGUGUAUGGUUUAAGGGAUGAUAAGUUUUUCAUAGUUUUGAAAUACUACGCUUUUUGGGGGCUGAGUAAGAAAAUAUCUCCAAUCUUUGCUGACCUCUAA